AUGCUACCUCUAGGAUCAUCAGAAACAUCAACAUUAGCUUUACCAACUUCACCAUCAUCAACAUCAGUUUCCUCAACAACAAAAUUAAAAUGUGAAGCUACUUGUUGUACGUCUAAUGGUUUAUAUGUUCCUCGAAAUCAAUCCGAUUUUAAAUUAUCAAGUGAUAAACGAAGUGGUCAAUUAGGUUG